GGGGCACGAAGGACGGACAUACCCACGCGCGCUCUCUCUCUCUCUCUCUCUCUGCCGUCUCUCUCUUGAGGAAAGUCCAUGGCGGAUCAUGCAGGAGACUCCGAGCCAUCGCUGAUGGAGAAGGUGGCCGAGAAGAUCCACGGCCCCGAGUUCUCCUCCUCCUCCUCCGAUUCCGACGACGACAAGCCGCCCACCGUCGGUUCCGUGAAAUCGAGGGUCUGGAGGCUCUUCGGUAGGGAGGUGCCCGUCCACAAGGUCCUCGGCGGCGGAAAACCUGCUGAUAUUUUCCUUUGGAGGGACAAGAAAGUCUCUGCUGGUGUCCUGGGUGUGGCCACUGCGAUAUGGAUUCUCUUUGAGUUGAUGGAAUACCAUCUGAUCACUCUUGUUUGCCAUAUCUUGAUCCUCUCUCUGGCAAUUAUUUUUCUGUGGGCUAACGCGUCCAUAUUCAUCACAAAGUCCCCACCUAACAUCCCAGAAGUUCAUCUUCCUGAGAAAUGUGUGCUGGAAGUGGCUUCUGCACUGAGAUUUGAAGCUAAUCGAGGAUUGGCUCUCCUGAGGGAGAUAGCAUCAGGGAGAGAAUUAAAGAAGUUACUAGCUUUCAUUGCGGGAUUGUGGGUUGUCUCUAUGGUCGGGAGUUGGUUCAACUUCGUCACCUUGAUAUACAUAACUUUUGUUUUGUUACAUACCAUACCGGUGUUUUAUGAAAAAUACGAAGAUCAGGUGGAUUCGUUCGCGGAGAAGGUGAUGGCCGAGAUCAAGAAGCAGUAUGCAGUCCUUGAUGAGAAGGUCUUGAGUAAAAUCCCAAGAGGACCUUUGAAAGACAAGAAAAAGGAUUAGUCAGCAGCGUCGUCAUCCUUAUUUUACCGGGUUCAUGGUGAAAGCAAAACGGAAGGUUUUCUUGGCCCGCGUCUGGUCCUGUUUGCCUCUGUGAAUCUUAUAUAUUGGAUAGUGCUACAUCUUAACAUGCACUGACUAGUUAUAUAUGUGGACAUGUUCUAAAUCAGACUGCUUUUAUAUCUUCUUUGCACGCUUGCUCGCGGGCAUUCUUGUCAAUGUCUUAUGAGGAUAUUUGUUGGAGAGAUAGGUCAAAGUUUCUUAAAUAAUAGAUUGGAAUACAGCAAA